AUGGACGUUGUCGUCGAGGCGAUCCGGCGGACGAGUCGAUCUCUCGACCACCUUCGCCUUCGCAAGGCCGACGCCGCUGAGCUGCUACAGGACCGCAAAGUUCCUCCACCUACGACGUCGCCCGCUCGCGAUGGCGGCCUCGACAAGGCCAGGGACGAGCUAGGCGGUCAACAACAAGAUGUGAAUAGGCUCGAGGACUCGUCUGCGGUGGAUGUUGUACGACCUUCCUUUGUCUACCCUUUCGAACGACUCGGUUCCUCGCCGCGGGACAGCAGCAAUGCUUCGGCAGACGGCAGCGAUGCCGGACUGUGCUUCAACGGACCGAAGCCGUGGCGACGUCGUGCAGGACGACCCUCGUAA